AUGGUUACUAUAAACUCAGAACCUUUGGAACAUCUACCAUACAUCGAUGAAAAUAUAAGUCCAGAAGAAAGAUCAAAUGUUGAGAAUCUUAUAAGAUUAGAAUUAGCCAACCAAUUUAAUAAUAAUGUUAAUAGUAUAACACAUAAUGGAAACAUACUACUAGAUGAUUCUCAACUACUACAACAGCAACAACAACAGCAGCAGCAACAACAACAAGAUAAUGAUAUCAUACCCAACACAUUACAUCCUUUAGUUGAUCAAUUAUUACCAUUAAAUUCAAGUCUACAUCAAAGAAGUUCUAUCAUGAAUUUAACUUUACAAGAUUAUGAAGAGGAAUCAGAUGACGAAGACGAUGAUGGGGUUGAUUUGUCAAAAUACACUCAAUUUAAUAUUACAUCUCCUUUAGAAGAUAAUAACAACGGUAAUGUUAGUGGUAGUGGUAAUAGUGGUAAUAUAGAUUAUACCAAUUUAUAUACCACUUUGGGACAUGCAAAUUUACAGCAAAGAAAUUUGGAGUUUUUAGUAAGGAACAGAAAUGAUUUACAAUAUUUACAACAACAAGAAUUGGCACGCUUGGAUGAAUUAAACAACGAGUUGUCCAAAAAUAUCAAUAAUAAAAGAAGUAUGAUUGAUGAUGUAUCUAAUUCAAGAAAAAGAAGACAAGUGAAUGAAUAUCAACUUGCACAACAAGAACUUGAAGAAAGAUGGAAAGAAAAUAUUAAUGCCACAAUAGAAGCUACUAUUGAAACGGCAAAGAAUUUAUAA